CUUCUCUUUCCGCCCCAAGCCUGCCAGUUCCUCACCAGAAAAAAAAAAACCCUACUGCAAGCCAUGACAGCGACGCUCGCUCAAGCCCGCAGCAAUAGCAGUCGAAGCAGCGGUGGCGGUCCUAGAGCACAGAGCGCUGCUCGCACUGCCAACUCCAACGCCAGUUCACACCGCCACAUCAAAGUGAGCUCACGUCUCGCUCCGCAAAUCUACUUGGGCCACAUCUACACUCGUUCGGCUGACAAUGCCGUUGCUGCUCGGGCCAAGGCGGUGGUGGUCAAAUGCGCUGGCCAGCUUCAGCGCGACAGCGUCUCGGGUCGUCUGCUGGGGCCCUGGAAGGAGUGGCAGGCCACCACACAGCUGCGUGGCGUCGCGCGUAGCCACCCCAACGUCGUGCAGAUCUUCGACACAUUCGUACAGCGCUCACACGUCUUCGUGGUCAUGGAACACUGUGCACGUGGUGACCUACUUGCCGAUCUGGUGUCCACGCAGCCCGAAAGCCGUCUGGGCGAACCCCACGCGCUGCGCAUCGUACUGCACCUGGCGCGUGGUCUGCACUUCUUGCACGAGACGUGUAACAUCGCUCACCGUGACGUCUCGCUCGAGAACGUCUUCGUCACGCGUGACGGCGUCUACAAGAUCGGCGACUUCGGUCUCAGCACGCGCGCGGACCGACGGGCUAGUGGCUGCGUGGGCAAGACGCAGUACGUGGCACCCGAGGUCGUAUCUGAGGUGAGCUACGAUCCUGUGACGGCUGAUGUCUGGUCACUGGGUAUCCUGCUGUUCAUGUUGCUAACGGGUGCGCCGCUGCUGGAGUUCGCGUCGCCGACAGAUCCAGAGUUCAACACGGUCAAGACCGUGGGUUGUCUCGGCGUGCUCCGGUCCUGGAAGAUGGACACGCAGCUCUCUGCAGCGACACUCGACCUGCUGUCCAAGAUGCUGGAGUUCGACCCAGUCAAACGGCUGCAGACCAUGAGGGGAGUGCUCAAUCACCCAGCGCUGUUCGCAGCGAGUCAUCAGGCAGAAUCGGAGCCAUGAAUGUGAACCUGGUGGUAAUUAGUGCGUGAACAUUGGAUAACUAAUUUAUUAACCGAGACUACGUGAAUACAUGUAUUUCUUGCACUGUCUUCGAGUGCUCUCAAAUCGUUUCCUAUGAAAGAG